AUGAAUAGAAAGCAUGUGAGUGGCGAGAUGGAUUCUGGCCUGGGGAGCGACGAGGACCGCAGGGGCCGAACCAAAGAGCAAAAACAGCUCCACAAUCAGCAACUGCUGAGCGGGUGCUUCAUCGAUGCUGCCACCCUCUCAGACGAAGCCGAUGUGGCCGAUCAUGCUGAUCAAAGAAGGCAAGAUGAGCGGAGACAAGGGGCGAUUUUGUUUCAAACAUCCGUGCCCCAUUUUUCCAUGCUCCAAAUGCCCAACGCUCAUGAAGAAUGCGGUUUUUCCUCGGAUUUUUCCUGCUCUGCUGGGAACCUACCCCAGUUCCCGGAAACAAGCACCCCUUUCAAUUCCAUUGUCCAGAUUGGCCCUGAGGAGCCAGACAGUGCCAGGAAGUCUCCCUUGGGGUUCUAUGUGGAUUUGAGUGAUGUUGCUGGUGGAGGCCCUGUUACACCUCCCUCAGCUUCAGCUACUAAAAAUAUUUUCUCUAUGGUCAUUGAUUUUGAGGGGCCUAAGAAGGACAAACCAAUUAAACUUAGUUCCUCUUUGGUUUCAUACAGGAAGAGUAAACCUUUGAAUAGGUCUAACCUUUUGGCUAAGAGCAAUGGUAGUUUGUCAUCUAGUUUCAGUUCCAUUAAUUCCAAUUCUGUAGCAGGCACCAGUAGACAGUCUGAAGAACAUGAACCUACUGCUAAUUGUAAUGGAAACAAAGUUCUGAAUGUAGAGGUGCUUAGUGCCUCUUUGGUAAAAAAGUUGUCAGUGUCUUCUUCAAAGUCAUCUAGUAGCAGUGAGAAUGUAGCAGAAAGGAACAAUGAUGUGAGUUUGGAUUUGGAUAGGGAUUCUGCCAAGGAAUCUGUGGAAGAGAACCAUAUUGAAUGUGAUAAUGUUUCUGAGAAGAAUGAUGAAGAAAUUACUCCUUCAAGUAGUAAAUCUGAGAGUAAAUCAGACAGUAGCAGAGUACAAAUAAGUGAAGAAAGUAAAUUGGAAGCACAGCCGCAGCCACAGCAGUUCGUCAGACUGUCGGACCUGGAAUGCCAGAGGGCGCGAGUGGACGUGAAUUUCGCCCCACGCAUGAGCAGAUCCAUCCCGGAGAGCUCGUGGGUGGAGAGCCCGCUGCUGAUGUCGAGUUCGGUGGGGUACCGGAGCGCCCCGCGCCCCAUGGAGGCCGAGGGGGGUGAGGGGGAGGAUGAGGAGGAGGAGAAGGAGGGGGUGGGGGAGCUGAGGCGGGGGGGCGAGGCGCCUGCGUCCAGAAGGUGCGUGAGGAAGCUGGGAACGGACUUGCUGAGGAUGUUUCUGGAGGAAAUAGGCCCCGACGUGGUGGUGGAAGUCGAAGGGCAUAAGCUGAAGGCACACAAGUGCAUUUUGGCGUCCCGAUGUCAAUAUUUCGCCGCCUUGCUCAGCGGCAAUUGGCUGGACAAGAGCGGGAAUGUUAUUUCUUUACAGGGUUUUUCGUACGAGUCCGUAUAUUUCGCUCUCUGCCACAUCUACAGCGGCGCCGCCCACGUGCCCGACUCCAUCUCGCUGGUGGAGCUCGCCUCCUUGGCCGACACCCUCGGCUUGGAGGGGUUGAAGGAGGUGGUGGAGCAUGCGCUCGAGCAACGCCACUGUCACAAUUUCCACAGGCCGUGCGCCGGAUGCUGCACGGGGGUGCUCGAGGUGUUGCCCCUCAGCGCCGCCUAUGGACUCGACGAUUUGUACCAGAAAUGCUUAAAGUGGAUCACACAGCAUUUUGUCAGGGUUUGGCCUAGCAGAGCUUUCGCUAGUCUGCCCAGGGAAUUGAGAGAGAAAUGUUAUCAACAGCAUGUCGUCCAUAUGCAUCCCGAUAAAGUGCUCGAUACGAUUCUACAGUGUGAUAAGGUUUUAGCUACUCUCCCAUCGAUGCGUUGGGCGGAACCAGUUAGUCAGCUGGUACUGCAGCUGACCGAUGCUUGCCAUUUGUACCAUCGGCAGCAUUUCGCAGCUGUAUUAGGCUCUCAGUACCUUUCCGGUUUGGAUUCCGGGCUGGGAUUCGGAGUGUGCCAGAUAGAGGACCAAAUGGUUUCGGCCGCCAAGAAUUUGGGCAUCGAUCAGGCUUGCAGGAGUUAUUCCAGGUGUUGUAAAAUGCUGGAUCAGACGUGGAGCAGACCGUUUGCGGAUUUGCUGAAUAAGGUCAAGUUGCAGUUGGAGCAGUGUCUGGUUUGUCAAGCUGAUAGAUUGAUCAGGAGUAAUGCGUGGUUGAGGUUAGACACUACGUUGAGGAGCCGCAUCAAAGAGCUGUCGCCCGCCAUGGAACCGUCGAGUCGACUGCCUCGCGCCACCUCGCUGCGCCCCCGCAAACCGCCCCCCACGGCCAAGCCGACACCGCGCAGCCCCCUCUUGAGCUCGUCGGACUCGUCGAGGAACAGCAGCCCCGGGGUGGCGUUGCAACAGGGGGGCAAGGGGAACGUUUCCGGGGGGAGCCCAUCGUUGCGCAGAAGCUUGCUGCUAGCUGCCAAGGCCCCGCAGGUGCCCCCUAGCCCAACGGCCCACCGACGAAGCACCCUGACCCAGCCCACGGCGGCCAGCGCUGCUAGGGCUUCGGCGGCCAGAGCUACCGCCAGGGGCCCAGUUAGGGCUCCGGUGGCGGCCCCGAGGCCGACCAGCGGGGCGCCGCAACAGCGACCGACGAUUUCCAAGGCCCCUUCCCAAGUCCCAUCGAAGAAGACGUCGACGACCGUGUCCCGCAACCCCAGCAUGGGCAAGAAGGACGCCCCCGCCUCUCUGGCCGCCCCCCGCAAGCCGCCCGACAGUCGCUGCGGCUCGCCCCUGAAGACCGACUCGCGGUUGUCCUCGCCCAGGAAGACGGACAGCAGGGUGACGUCACCCGUCAAGGCCGCCCUUCGGAGCCCUUCGCCCAUGAAGGAUGCUCCGAGGAGGAGCUCUAAAGGUACAAAAUGUCAGCCAGUCAAGCCUGUGGAGGUGCAACCACAGCCUACUAUGCAGAGGUCGAGCACGUUCUUGAAGGAGGAGCCCUCGGUGCUCGGCAAGGUUAUGUAA